AUGCUGGAUCCGCUGCAGCAACCUAAUCUUGAGGUUUCUGCUGCUGCGGAGCCGCAGGAGGUCGAUGUCGCAUCCCAGUCAGAGAUGUCACACCCUACAGAACAGCCAUUGGAGCCAAUCGAACAGCCUGUUCCCGCCAGCGCUGAGGUCGAAGAAACACCAUCUGCAUACCAAGGGACUAUGGACCCACCCCUCCGUCCUGUAGGCUUGGACCAUGGCUACAACAGCGACUCCAAGGCUCACUACCACUCUCGAUCCACCGACCUCCAUCACUCCGCAACCGAAUACAACCCCCAAGAUGUCGAUCACGCGUCCCGUCUAAAUUACUCCCCUUCUUUGAACCCACAGCCUCAGCUACACGCGUCUCGACCGAGCUCUAGUCGUUCCAGUGGUCCAGAACGACUCGGCCUGUCGCAACAGCCUGAAGUCGCCCAACGCCAGGCAGGUCAGUCCCAGUCUGCGAAGAACAGCGUCGUUAUCAAAGUCGGCAUGGUUGGUGAUGCUCAGAUUGGUAAGACAAGUCUGAUGGUCAAGUACGUGGAGGGCAGCUGGGAUGAAGAUUAUAUCCAGACUUUGGGUGUGAACUUUAUGGAAAAGACUAUCUCAAUUCGCAAUACCGAGAUUACUUUCUCAAUCUGGGAUCUUGGGGGUCAGCGCGAGUUCGUCAACAUGCUGCCGCUUGUGUGCAACGAUGCCGUGGCCAUACUGUUCAUGUUUGACCUGACCCGCAAGAGCACUCUGAAUUCCAUCAAAGAAUGGUAUCGCCAGGGCCGGGGCUUCAACAAAACCGCUAUUCCGUUCCUGGUUGGAACCAAAUAUGACCACUUUGUCAACUUUCCUCGUGAAGACCAGGAAGAAAUCUCUCUCCAGGCCAAACGAUUUGCCAAGGCUAUGAAGGCUAGUUUGAUCUUCAGCAGUACCAGUCACAGCAUCAAUGUACAGAAGAUUUUUAAAAUUGUCCUCGCAAAGGCAUUCGAUCUUAAAUGCACAAUUCCCGAGAUCGAGAAUGUCGGCGAGCCUCUGCUUCUGUACAAGUCAGUCUAG